AUGUCAACUUUACAGCGUCGUCGUCGUCCUCAAGAUGGUUCCAAUAAGGGUAUGGUAGACGUAGACUCAGAUAACAAUGACUCCAGCAGGAUACUCGGCUCAAAUAACAGCAAUAACAACGUCAGCAAUUCCAACACCUUUGGCAGUAGCAAGAUCGCGUACGACCCUGAAGAGGCAAAACUAUUAAAUAACAACAAUAUUAAUAAUAAUAACUCCGGCAGUAAUAGCCGCGGUGGUAAUAAUGCAGUCACACCCACGUUGACUCUAAUGGAGGAAGUCCUUUUGAUGGGAUUAAGGGAUAAAGAGGGAUAUUUGUCCUUUUGGAAUGAUAAUAUCUCGUACGCUUUAAGAGGUUGCAUUCUUAUUGAAUUGGCUUUGAGAGGUAAGAUUAGAAUUCUCGACGAUUCAGCAAGGAAAAGAUUCGAUUUAUCAGAACGGUUAAUCGAGGUGAAAGACGGGUCUAAAACUGGGGAAGUGUUAUUAGAUGAAACUUUACAAUUGAUGAAGAAUGAUGAACCAUUGACAAUCGCUAAUUGGAUUGAUUUGUUGAGUGGUGAAACUUGGAAUAUUAUGAAGAUUAAUUAUCAAUUGAAACAAGUGAGAGAAAGGUUAGCAAAGGGAUUGGUGGAUAAGGGUGUACUAAGGACUGAAAUGAAAAAUUUCUUCUUAUUUGAUAUGGCUACUCAUCCGGUUACUGAUUCAAGUUGUAAAGAAGCAAUUAAACGUAGAGUCCUAUCUGUGUUAGUAUCAAGAAAUAUGGAAUUUAACUAUAAUGAAUAUUUCCCACAAAAUACUUUCUUUAAGAUUAUUAGAACCAUUGCUUUGAUUUGUGGAGCUUAUGGGGCAAAUGUCUUGGAGAACGUAUUAAGUUCAUUGGAUUAUGAAAAAAGUGAUAAUGCUAUAGCAAGAGCUGAUGAAUUGAUUGCACAAUUUUCAAAGUUCCCAUUCGAUUUGGAAAAAACAACAAAUACAAACGUUUCGGUAAAUUUGAAUAGAUUGGUACAACAAGAGUUAGAUGAAAACCCAGGUUAUGACUUACAAUUAGAAGUUAUCGCUGGUGUAAUUGAAGUCUUCUCAAGAAUGGAUACCUUGCUAUAG